AUGGCCAAAAGUAAAAAUCAUACGAAUCAUAACCAGAAUCGAAAGGAUCAUCGUAAUGGAAUCAAACGUCCACAAUCACAGCGUUUUCCAUCGUUGAAAGGAGUCGAUCCAAAAUAUAUUCGUAAUUUAAAAUUUACAAAAAAACACAAUCGUGUUGCUCGUAAAAAGGUAUUAAAACAGUUUCGUGAAAAAACAGCUGAUCAACCGGUAAAAGUAAAACGAAUUUUACAACCAUCGAAACAAAGUGGUGGAUGGUCAAUCAGUUCUUUAUUGUCAAGUGUUGCCACUUACUUUGUUGGCGAUACAGUCGAUGACAAAAGUGCCAAAAAGAAAAAACAAUCGAAAACAAAAAAGCCCAAAGAUACAACAACAAAAGGAACAGCCACUACUGUGAAAUCAUCGACAACCGGUGGAACAACAACAACUAAAAAGCAGUAA